AUGGUGGAGACACAAGGCUAUACUUGCCAAGAGCAUCAAUUUCAGGUAACAACAGCAGAUGGUUACAUCCUUGGCUUGCAGAGAAUUCCGAAGGGACGGUCUGGUAAUGAGAUAGCAGACAGGCAGCCUGUUCUGUUACAACAUGGGCUCUUACUGGAUGCUUCAUCAUGGCUACUCAAUCCACCGGAUCAAUCUUUGGCAUUUAUCUUGGCAGAUAAUGGAUUUGAUGUAUGGCUUGCCAACUCUCGCGGGACAAAAUCUAGCCGCGGACACACAUCACUUAGUCCUGAUGAUGAUCCGGCUUACUGGGACUGGUCAUGGGAUGAAUUGGCAUCUCAUGAUCUUCCGGCUUUCUUCCAGUAUGUGAACAAUCAAACAGGACAGAAAUUACACUAUGUUGGGCAUUCCUUGGGAACUUUGACUGCCCUUGCCGCCUUCUCCCAAGAAAAGCUGUUAAACUUGCUAAGAUCAGCUGCUUUGCUUAGUCCGGUGGCUUAUCUGGGUCAGAUGUCCUCACUGUUUAAACUGAAAUUGUUGGGUGUACAAGAAUUCCCAAACGGGCAGACACAACAACUUGUGGAGUUUAUUUGCACACUACCAGGCAUUGACUGCUCCAACUUAUUGGCAACUAUAACAGGCCCAAAUUGCUGCCUCAGUUCUUCAAGCAAAGAUGCUUUAUUUAAGCAUUUCCCCAAGCCCACUGCGACCAAGAACUUUAUACAUCUGUCUCAGAAGACAACCAAGCUCAAAAUGUCUAACCCUUCAACCACUCUACUUCUUUUGGCUCUACUCUGUGUUUCAGCAGUUGCAGCAACAAGAACAAAGUUGAACUCAAUCAACAAUCUGGAUGAUGGGAUUUGCAAGUCAAUGGUGGAGACACAAGGCUAUACUUGCCAAGAACACGAAGUAACAACAGCAGAUGGGUACAUCCUUGGCUUGCAGAGGAUUCCGAAUGGACGAUCCGGUAAUGAGACAGCAGACAAGCUGCCUGUUCUGUUACAACAUGGGGUCUUCCUGGAUGCUUCAUCAUGGCUACUCAAUCCGCCGGAUCAAGCUUUGCCAUUUAUCUUGGCUGACAAUGGUUUUGAUGUAUGGCUUGUCAACAGUCGCGGGACAAGCCCUAGCCGUGGACACACAUCGCUUAGUCCUAAAGAUCCGGUUCACUUUGCUUCUGCAAAUGCAUACUGGGACUGGUCAUGGGAUGAAUUGGUUGCGUAUGAUCUUCCUGCUUCAUUCCAGUAUGUGAACAAUCAAACAGGACAUAAAUUACACUAUGUGGGGCAUUCCUUGGGAACUUUGACUGCCCUUGCCGCCUUCUCCGAAGAAAAGCUGUUAAACUUGCUAAGAUCAGCUGCUUUGCUUAGCCCUGUAGCUUAUCUGGGUCACAUUUCCUCACUGAUUUUAAGACCUGCUGUUGACAUAUUUGCUGCAGAAAAACUGAAAUUGUUGGGCUGGCUGGAAUUUCCGAAUGGGCAGAUCCAACAACUUGUGGAGUUUAUCUGCACAACACGGGGCAUUGACUGCUCCAACCUCCUGGCAGCUAUAGGAGGCCCAAAUUGCUGCCUCAAUUCUUCAAGCAUAGAUGCUUUAGUUGAACAUGAUCCACAGCCAACUGCGACGAAAAACCUUAUACAUCUAUCUCAGAUUGUCAGAAAGGGAACCGUAGAAAUGUAUGAUUAUGGUCUUGAAGACACGAACAUAAAACACUACAAGAAACCCACUCCUCCUGUGUACAACAUGGCAAACAUUCCGAAAGACGUUCCUCUUUUCUUAAGCUAUGGAGGGAGAGAUUCGAUUGCUGACGUUAGCGAUGUGGGGAUUUUGCUUGACAAGCUCAGAGAUCAUGACAGGGACAAGCUUGUGGUAGAAUACAGAGAGGAGUAUGCUCAUGUGGAUUUUAUAAUGAGUGUGAAUGCCAACCAAGUUGUGUAUGGUCCUCUACUGGCCUUCUUCAGGCUCCAUUGA